UUCGCACUGCCCAUCACUCACCAGCAACGCCAUGGCUCUCUUCCUCCUUUUCCUUCUCUUCUUUUCUUUUUUUUCCCUCUCUGCUCAAGAUGCCCAACACAACUCCACCUCUCUUUCCUUCUCUUUCCCUCUCACUUCUCUCCCUCCUUCUCCAAACACCUCCCCUUCGUUUUACUCUUCUUUUGUCUCGCAAAUCAAGCAGAACCCACCAAUCAAAACCUCACCCUAUAACUACAGAUCCACCUUCAAGUACUCCAUGGCCUUGAUCGUCUCUCUUCCAAUUGGGACUCCUCCUCAGACCCAGCAAAUGGUUUUGGACACUGGUAGCCAGCUCUCCUGGAUUCAGUGCCAUAACAAGACUCCUAAGAAGCCUCCUCCUACGGCGGCGUUUGAUCCUUCUCUCUCCUCCUCCUUCUCCGUUUUACCAUGCACUCACCCUCUUUGCAAGCCGAGAAUUCCCGAUUUUACCCUCCCUACUUCUUGCGACCAGAACCGUUUAUGCCACUAUUCUUACUUCUACGCUGAUGGUACCUUUGCUGAGGGCAGUCUCGUCAGAGAAAAAUUCACAUUUUCUAGUUCCCAAAGCACCCCUCCUCUCAUCCUGGGUUGCUCUCAGGACUCCAGCGAUGACAAGGGUAUUUUGGGAAUGAAUCUUGGACGGCGCUCAUUUGCUUCCCAAGCCAAAAUAUCAAAAUUCUCAUAUUGCGUGCCAACACGCCAAACUCGGACCGGGUUGCCAUCAACAGGGUCAUUUUACUUGGGAGAAAAUCCAAAUUCAGGCGGGUUUCAAUACAUUAGCCUUUUGACUUUUACUCCAAGUCAAACAAGCUCACCAAAUUUGGACCCUCUAGCAUACACCGUUCCAAUGCAAGGAAUAAGGAUCGGCAACAAGAGAUUAAACAUCUCAGCAUCAGUUUUCCGGCCUGAUUCUAGUGGAUCGGGUCAAACAAUGAUCGAUUCAGGCUCCGAGUUCACAUACUUAGUGGACGAGGCUUAUCAUAAAGUAAGAGAAGAGAUACUGAGACUGGCGGGAUCAAAGUUAAAGAAGAAUUACGUGUAUGGAGGAGUAUCAGACAUGUGCUUCGACGGGAAUCCAAUGGAGAUCGGACGGCUAAUAGGAAGUAUGGUGUUGGAAUUCGAGAAGGGAGUAGAAAUUGUGAUCGAUAAAGAGAAGGUGCUAGCUGAUGUGGGAGGAGGAGUCCACUGCGUAGGGAUUGGCCGGUCAGAGAUGUUAGGUACAGCGAGUAACAUAAUAGGGAACUUUCAUCAGCAGAAUCUAUGGGUGGAGUUUGAUCUGGCUAAUCGGAGAGUGGGGUUGGGUAAGGCCGACUGCAGCAGAUCGGUGUAAGGAGGAGUGGACGAGUGGUGGAGCCUAAUUAAAUCGGAUAUUUAAUGUAGGAAGAAAAUAUCAGUGAUGUGUGUGUGGUAUUAGUAGUAGAGAUGUAAUAUAAAACUAACUGAGAGAUAAGAGAGCAGCAUGGUUGGCACUUGGCAAUAGAGUGUAACUAAGUUUACGGGAAGGCAGUUGGUGUUAUGUAAUGAAAAUAACACUAGCCUAAUUAAAUUUAUUUUUUUAUA